AUGUGGAAGUUGACGAGAAACAAAGAGUUGCACAGGUCUUGUGUAACUAGGUUUGCAACUCAGUUUUAUACCAUUCAGAGUGUCCACGAGAAUCGACAUCAUAUUCACAUAUUGUUUGUCUCUGAAGAAUGGAGGAAAAGUAGUUUUUCAAAGACAGUGGCUGGAAAGAGAGUCGAGCGAAUAGCGAGAAGAACGAAAUUUUGGGACAACAUACAACUAGCUUGUCAAGUGCUAGCUCCUUUGGUUGAUGUGGUUAGAUUGGUUGAUACGGAAGAGAAGCCAAGUAUGGGUUAUAUCUAUGAUGCAAUGGUUAGAGCAAAGGAUCAAAUCAAGAAAAAUGUAACUGAUGAAAGACUUGUCCAUCAAAUUUUAGGUAUCAUUCAAGCAAGAUGGACCGACCAACUUCAUCACCCGUUACAUGCAUUUGGAUAUUACUUGAACCCCACUAUUUUACAUGGGGAAAAUUCGAAAGAUAAAAAGAAGAAUGCGGAAGUUUUGUCGGGACUUUACGAGGCUAUUGACUGUCUAGUGCCCAAUAUAGAGGAGAAUGAUAAAGUGAGGCAGGACUUGAAUCUAUACAUUGAUUCAGUUGGGCAAUUUGGAUCUGCGGCUGCUAUAAGGGGUAGAACGAAAGUUGCAUCAUAUAUAUGGUGGCGUCCAUAUGGGAUCGACACACCUUUGCUCCAAUCAUUUGCUAUUAGUGUCCUCAGUCAAACUUGUAGCGCUUCACCUUGUGAACGCAAUUGGAGUACAUUUGACAAUAAUUUACACUCAAAGAAAAGAAAUUGUCUUUUGCAACAAAAACUCAAUGAUCUUGUAUUCAUUCAAUACAACACAAGGUUACAAAGGCGCUUGAACUCAUUAAAAGCCAACAGAUCUUUGGAUCCUAUUUUGUUGAGAGAUGUAGAGGAAAAUGAUGAUUGGCUUACACCAACACAAGAUGAGCUUCAAGACUUUAUUCAGGGUACGGAUGGUCUUCGCUGUCGGAUGUACGAGAGGCAAUGUGAGGAAACGAAGAAGUUGGGCCAAGUACUAGGACCAAAAGAUCGCGCUAUAGAGAUGAUGAUGAUGUUCCAAUCAAUGUGGAAGAUGAUCUUAAUGUACAAUUGGAUGAGAUGGUUGAUGUGGACUCGGAGGAAGAUUUUAUGGCUUAUGAUUAGGUUUUAG